GGGGAGAUAAACCUGAAUUCGCCGUUCAUUUCACUCUCUCUCUUCAACUGUGCUCGUUAAGCUACAGUUAAAUUCUUCACAGUUCACCGGAAAAAAUGGCGAAUUUUGUUAUCGUCUCUUCUCCAAUGGCACCAUUGUCGACUUUCCGCCGGAUUUCUCACUUUUCCGGCGAAUCUCCGUCUUCAUCUUCUUCUUCCUCUUUCUUCUCUGACCUCCACCUUCCUUUUCCCAGGUUUGAUCAUCAAAGAAGCAAAUGUAAAAAGGAUAGAUUUUGCACGGUUUUGUGUGCUGCUGUCAAGGUCAAAGAGUAUUCUUCGUUAGCAUCGGAUGCUUUCAUGAAGGAGCCACAUAAAUAUUUUGAUCAUGUAAUCAUUAGUGUUCGUGCUGGUGAUGGGGGGCAUGGGGCAAUCUUUAAAAUGCCGAAUCAAAAGGCUUCUUCCAAAUUUGAGAAUAAAAAUGACAAGGUGGAAAAAAGAAAAAAGAUUUCAUACAAAAGGGAUAGUGAUGGAUCUCUUAUACUUCCCCUUGGUGGACACGGUGGUGAUGUUGUGAUAUAUGCUGAUGAGAGUAAAGAUACAUUGUUAGAAUUCCACAAGCAAAACCAUUUUAAAGCAAAGCGUGGUGGAAAUGUUGAUGCUAUGGGCGUUUUGAAUUCCAAACAACGAGAUGGAUCUGCUGCUCCGACAUUGCGAAUACCUGUCCCAUUAGGAACUGUUGUAAAACGGAAGCGAGGUAAACUUUUAGCAGAUCUUGCAAAUCAUGGUGACGAGGUUCUUGUGGCAAGGGGCGGACAAGGAGGGAUAAGCCUACUAGAAAUGCCAGAGCAAAAGAAAAGUAUGAUGGCGGCUUUGACAACAAACAUAUUGAGAGAUGACAGUGAUAAGGUUCUAGUCCUUGGUCAAGCUGGGGAGGAAGUCAGUUUGGAAUUGAUACUCAGAGUAGUUGCUGAUGUUGGUCUUGUGGGACUCCCAAAUGCUGGAAAAUCUACCCUUUUAUCAGCUACUACACUUGCGAAACCGGACAUAGCUGAUUAUCCCUUUACGACUCUGAUGCCAAACCUUGGUCGCCUUGAUGGUGACCCUUCUUUAGGGGCAGCUAUGUAUUCCUCUGAAGCAACGUUGGCAGAUUUGCCAGGUCUUAUUGAAGGUGCUCAUUUGGGCAAGGGUUUGGGUCGUAAUUUCCUUAGGCAUUUGAGGAGGACUCGGUUGCUGGUCCAUGUCGUUGAUGCUGCUGCAGAGGACCCUGUGAAAGACUACAAAACAGUCAAAGAAGAAUUGCGGAUGUAUAAUCCUGAUUACCUUGAACGACCAUUUAUUGUGGUAUUAAAUAAAAUCGACCUUUCUCAGGCAAAGGAUAGGCUUCCAACCCUGACUGAAGAAAUUCUUAAAAUUGGUCAGGACAGUGGAUCCAGUCCCUUGGUGUUAGGUGCAAGCUCUGAAGAUACAGCUCAUACUAAAGCCGACAAUACAAUUCCGUCAGCUUCUGAGGUGAACAAGAGAGAUAAGGAGAUUGAGGACUAUCCACGACCACUUGCUGUUGUAGGAGUCAGUGUUUUGAAGGGCAUCAAUGUGACAGAGAUGUUAGAAGAAAUAAGGAAAGCGUUGCGGAAAUGUCGAGAUACUCAAGAAUUCCCUCUUAACUUUCAGCGUUAGGGAUUUUCCUUACAUAUCACAGGUUUUAAGGAGAUGACAUUACGGCAAAAGGUCAGGUCAUUAUGCAGAUGACCAAAACAACAUUAAGGCUUAUAAGUUAUGAAGAAUCUGAGCAGAGUUGAUAAAUCAUGCUGAUUCUUAUGGCCUUCACAACACAUAAUUGGGUUUCUUAAAUGUUCAAACUAAGUUUUUCGGACCUCUGCGCUACAGCUCUAUCGGUAUGGAAGACUUCUGUUUCUAAAAUCAUCCACACGCACACAUCACUAGUGCCUAGAUUAGUAUGAAUAGUUUCUCAUUUUUCCUCGUGUUUCCCUCUAGUAUCAUAAUAUAGUGAACAUGGAUGAAACAUGGUUAUCUUGUGGGUAUAUAUAUACAGUUUCGUGGUACCUCUCUUUCUUGAGUUACUCCACUGUCAUUUUCA